ACGCCUCCUGACACUAAAAUAAACCCCGUAAAGUCCCGAUCGUUCUGGCAGGGCGUGAUUGAAAAAAAAGGGACCCUAAAAGCUCCACCGAUUUGAGGGAAAUAAAUAAACAAAUCGAUCCCAAUAAAGGGGAAGAGGAAGAGUUGGCAUGUGAUGCAGAGAACCCCUUUCCUUCUACAGUUUCUGACCUCAUCGCAGCUGGUCUGACGGGCGUUGUGGAAGUAACAAGAUGCGUUCCAGUGUGGAUGGAUCGCCCUGUCCUCUCGGGAGCGGAGGAAGCAACAGCAACAACAGUAACAACGCCAGCAGCAGUGAAAACAGAGAAAACUCGGGUUCCCAGUACGCGCUGUGCGCUUUGGGAGUGGGUCUCAUCGCCCUCGGCGUGGUGAUGAUUGUGUGGAGUGUGGUGCCCGCAGACGCGUCUUUUAACGGCAGCAGCAGCGGCGGUGCGGGGGGAAGUGGUGCAAUCGAUGGAAAGAGGAAUAAAGCGUCUUCUGUGGCCUUUGUGCUGGCGGGCUCCGGGGUGGCCAUGCUGCUGCUGUCCUUGUGUCUGGGAAUGAGGAACAAGCAGCGGGAGCAGCUGAGGCUCCAGGAGGCCCACAACCAGAGAGAAGAGGCAGCAAGAGAGCAACAGGACAGACAAACCAGUGCUGAGGAGCAGGCCCAGCAAUACGCCGUCCCCACCUAUGAAGAAGCAGUAGGCAGCGGCCAGUACCCUGUACGUCAGAGCAACCUCCGGCCGAGCGUCUCCCAGCUGCCAUCCUACGACGACCUGGUCCAAGUGGACAGCGUGCAGUAUGAGAGUGAGGGACCGGAGGUCACGACCACCGUAUCACAGCCUGCCCCGGCUGCUGGCGCCACCACUGCCGCGGUUUCAACGUCAUCUCACAGACCUGGGAAAAAUAACCGCAAACUCCUCCCUAUUAAGAUCCGCAGGAUUAAGUCGGAGAAGCUGCCCAUGAAAAACAUUAGAAACCCUCAGCCGGCACCUCCGAUUAGCAUUGAACCUCUUACUCCACCCCCUCAGUAUGAGGAUAAACUGCCUCCGCUUUAAGGUGAAGCUGAAGAGACCCAAAUCCCGGAAGAGAUUCUUAACGAUCUUCAUGGAGAUCUUUAAGGUCAAGCUGACACCAUGUUUAAAACAAUGGAGUGAAUUUCCUGGAAUCCUCUGUAAAUCUCCGUGCAGAUCUGGAUUGGCCUCGUUAAAGCCAAGACUUGAAUAUGACUUCUUGCACAACGUUCUUUUGCAUUUUUUUUUUACUGUCAAUCUUUAUAAACCUAGCACUAACUGUGGAUCUGACUGGAUCACUGAAACACACACUAGCUGGAUCCUCCCUUACUGUGACAGGUUUCGGCACACUGUGGCACAUUGGACUGAACUUCAGUUGUCUUGUAUGUUAUUGUGCACUUCUGUUAAUCCAUUACAGCUAUAACCAGUUUUCACUGUUCACCGAAUGUAUGUGUGAGGUGGAGGAGAUCAAAGGACAAGAGCGAGGCGUUGUACGGAGGAUUUAUGUCCACGUAGAGUGAUAUGUCCACCCGUUUUGUGCGACGGCUUCUGUUGAGACAGUGUUUCACGGUGGAAGUUGUGGAAUUGGUGCUGCCGGCGCUCUGCCGAGUGAACGCUCCACGGUGAGGGCCUAGACGUGUUUUUGUACUUUGGUAUCAUGCCACACGGUCCCUUUCCCAUUGACUAUUAAAAAUCUAGUAGCUCCGGCUCUCAGACUUGUCUCUAGAAAGUAAAAAAAACAACCUCUCCAUAUGUAUGGUCCAGCUCAGGUUAGUAGAGACUAGAAGAAAAACUGGAAUUGCAGGUAGCGAGAAAUGAUCCAAAAUAUGCAAAGUCCUGAAUUUACCAUCAGCCGUUUCUUUAAAUAUGACAGAGAAUUGUAUCUUCACCUUAUUAGUCAUACUAACUAGCUUUCUAAAACUAACGAAACAUAACCCACAUAUGUCACUGAUUUAUCACAAUUUAUAAGUUAUCUGCAUACCAUAUAGUUGCGACAGCUAACAGCUGAAUAACUUCAGCUUUUGGCAACUGCUUGUGUUCUCAAGUGGUAUGUAGUCUCUCUGGAGUCAUCCAUCGCCAUGUUUACUAAAUAAGUCAAAGAUUAAUGGUGAACUUGUGCCAUAGUUGUUUAUUAAGGUACAACUUAAAUGUAAUUGAUGUGUUAAGUGACUGGAUCGUGAAAGCAAAGCGAUGGUGGGGUUGAUGCUUCAAAAAAGGAAAAAGGAAAUACACUACACUAACUAGCGGCCCGCCAGUGAUCACUGUUCGUUGUCAUGUUUAUAGUGAGCUCCAGGCCUCUUUAAGAAUGGCUAAUGCUAACUGAUUUCAGAUGCACAAAAGUGUUUCCUUCCGGCUCUACAAACCAAAGUAUUGAUUGCCUCGUGCUCUGAACGCUUUCCAAAAUAUUGUGAAAACACUACGUGUAAUGUUGCUCUUCCUGUGCAGUGUUGCUUGUACUCGUUCCAGCAGCAUGCACCGACGGAAGCGUGUUGAAGCCUGUUGGAAGGAGCUUGCUUCAUAGUUGACAGCCUUUUGCUCCGUAGUCAUGGUGAGCGGCAAAGGCAGAAGUGUUGUCUGCUUCUCUGGGCUGGAUGACCAACAGAGAGGCUCUUUCACUGUGCAGCUGCAUCAUAAUUACAGCAACUAUUUCCCCUUGCUUCAUUCACAGCUUAACUCGUGGCUCUAUCUUUCACCUUAAGAUGGUGCACUGAGGGAACAGAAAGAGACAAGAGGCUCCAGGUUUCAUUCUGAGAAGUGGUUAUUUGAAAUAGUUACAUCCGUUAAUACAUUUUUUUUUGUUUUUAAUGUUUCCUCUUUUCAGCACACUUCCUCUCUUCUCUAUGUUUAAAUUUAAACAGCUGAAGCCAAGCAGACUUAUUGGUCAUUCAGUUUAAUGUUACUAAGUUUGAGAAGUUGCACAUCUCUUUUUCUCUCUCUAUCCUCGUCUUUAUCAGUAUUGUGUCUCCCAUUAACGCUACUCGAUCAUUGUUGGAUGAUAACAGCAUGGUCAUAAUUUCCCUUUGUCAUUGUCUUUAGAAUUUAGCCACCUUAACAUUUCUUAGACUUGUUUUAAACUGAAGUACGUCACACAGUGUUUCAUGUGAUCUCUAUAGUUUAUGCAUUGACCAUGGACGUUGCAAAUAAGUGACUUCUUUUUUUUUAUAAUAACUAUUUUGUUAAAAUGUUUUCCAUAAAUGAAAGAUAGCAUUAGAGUUUAGGAGUCUGUUUCUUUUUGUAAUGCUGUUUGUUUGUUUGUCAGUCUCAUUUCAUGGUUUUGUUUUUUUACUCAAAUCUGUGUCCCUUUUUUAUCUGAACUGUGAAAAUAUGCCUUUCUAUAAUUGUUUGUGCGAUAAAUAAUUUGUCUUUUG